AUGGAGAAUGUCGCUCUGAGCCUGUCUCUUCUUUACGAAUUGUCAUUGGGCGAAAAAUCCAUAUGGUGUGAUUACUUGUGUAAGCGGUUUACUUGUUUGCUGUUUAAAUGGUACUCUCCUCUAGACUCAUUACCAAUGUCAUACUCCACAGUGAUGUACUUAUCUGCUGAACAAAUGGAAUUGCUGUCAGGCUUUCCCACUGCUGGUAGAAUUGCAUGCCCAACUAAGCCAUUGUGGCAAUACGCUUACUUCUUUCUGCUUUUUGAAAAAAUGGACACGUUACUUGGAAACAUGAAGUUCUUCUGCUUUGCCGACUACCGCUUAAUAAACCAAUUAGGUGUCCUUCUGGUGAUGAAUUCAGACGUUUGGUGGGUGGACUACCUUUAA